AUGCAGCGCCGUAUGUUAUCAAAAGAAGACGAGGCAGCAGUCGGCGCAGACGAGGUCGAAGUACGAAGAGAAGAUCAGGACAAAAUUAAUCGAUUCAGUCGUUUGCAUCAACGAGAAAUCGGUUUGGAGGACGAGUUAAAGUUAAAACAUAAAGAAAAGGAGGACCUAGACGAUGUUUCGGGGGAACUUGAGUUGGCAGACGAAGAUGACAUGAUACCUUACAAAAUCGGAGAUUCAUUCAUAUCCUUACCACUACCAGAGGUACAAGAAUUACUUACAAAAUCGACCGAGAACAUCGAGGAGGAAGUGAUCUUGGUGGAAGAAAAGCUUAAUACAAUUAGGGAGGAGAUGACACAACUGAAAGUGGAAUUGUAUGCCAGAUUUGGUCGAAGUAUUAAUCUGGAAACGUAG